AGAGGAGUCCACUGGCUGUUGUUGAUCUUGUCCGAAAAGACGAAACCUCUCGUCCCCAUUUUCGAGAACUCUCCACAUUCUCUUCUGGUCUUUGGCAAUUGGCACCUUGUUCCAGUCUUCCUUUCAAAUGCUUCCGGCCCCCAAUUACAUGCACCAAGCUGAAUGGCUACAUUUCUGCAAGCCAAGCAAGCCAAAGCUGCUGUACCAAUCAACCUCACAGGAUAGUAACAUCCCUGACAAUCCCAAAGGCCCCAAUUCAGCUCUAUGUUGCUCUUAUAUCGCUACAUCUUCCUCCCUAGUCUCCUUGUCCCCAGCGUCCUCGGAUAUACGACGUUCACUCCAAAUUGCUCGAGCCUUGCGGAGCCCGUCAAUUUUGUCUUCAGUACAAGCAGUCGCAGCACUCUCGACAUCCUCUGGAGUUGUCUCUUUACGUUGAUCGCCUGCACAUGGACCAUUUUGCAUCUUAAUGUCCCAGAGCAAAGAGGCGAUCAGGAUCCAGGAUGGAUAGGCGAUUGCAAAUGGUUUCUCAAGGGCAUUUGGAUGAAGACAAAAUGGAUGAUUCUUACCAUGUUGGCUCCAGAGCUUCUUCUUUCUAUUUCGCUGGGAGCUCUCGUGCAUGCAAAGGAAGUAAAUGAGUUGCUGAAGAAGUUCAUUGAGGAGGAUGGGGUGGAAUGGUCAUUGACGCAUGGUAUGUUCUUGAACAUGGGCGGAUUUGUGAUCCAAGCUGUCGAGAAUGAUUCCAUUUCUUCCAUCCAACCGAUAUACACAGGCCCACCGGGCUUCGUUACACCUGAAGGCUCAGGUGGGCUGAAGAGACGCCAGACCAGCCCCGCAACCAUCACUUCUGAUGGCUCCCACGAGGAGCUUCAAGACACAGCACGGACUUCAUAUCGAAAUAAUCAAUGGACAGCGCUUCAAGAUAUUGAUCCCAUAGCGUCUCCGAAUCAGGAUCGACCCUCAACAGAUGUUGGGACACAACGAGCGUCAGAGAACUGGUCACAGGAUAGCCGAGGAAUGGACCCACGUACAGAAUCGGGGCUCGAAGUACGCUAUAGCGAUGAACCGAGCGAGUUCUUAGCCCCUGAAUGCUAUCAUCUUACGGCAGACCAACUCUACAUGCUUCGGGACAAGAAAAUCCUGAAGAGGCUUCCUGCCAUCACAAAGGAGGAGCUCAACGCUAGAUCCAAAAGCGACGCAUUCUCGAAAGCAAUCGCCAUGGGCCAGAUAUUCUGGAUGGCGUUCCAAGUCAUUGUACGAGCUGCUCGACACCUAGCAAUAUCGCAGUUAGAGCUUGCUGUCGCGGCAUUCUCAGUCUGCGGGAUUUUCAUUUAUGCCUCGUCUUGGAACAAACCAAAAGAUGUGCAGAUUCCAUUACCGAUUUUGAGAUACCCUGCUGCAGUGCCAGCUGAUUUGGUCCGACAACUAGGGGAGUAUGCCGAAGUGGAAUACAGUGCUUUCAGCAUGUCCGAGUUUGUGCCUCUGCCAAAGUGGGUCCGGACUCCACAGUACGAUGGCUCGAUAGUGAGCAAUAGCACGGUAUGGGAUGGCAAGGAAUCGUAUACCGGAUACAUGGGAACUGAGAUGGGCCUAACUCUUGGAGGUGUGAUAUUUGGAGUUUUGCACGUGUUGGCUUGGAAUUUCCACUUUCCGUCUGAGAUUGAGCGGAAUCUGUGGAGAGCAUCUUCUGUGAUAUGUACCUGCUUACCGGUAUUGUUCCUUUGCAUCACGUACUUGUUUAGUCGAGCCCUCGAAGUUGAACUCGGCGCCCGGAUUCUGGGCAGGAUUGAAGAUAUAAUCCGUGCUGAGCUGGCGACAUCUAUAGCCUUUGUAUUUUUUGUUGUUUACAGCCUGGCACGUCUUUACAUCCUCAUCGAGAUUUUUAGAACUUUGUGUUUCUUGCCUGUCGAUGCUUAUACUGCAACAUGGGCAGCAAGCAUUCCUCAUGUAUCGUAAUUCAUAGGAUAAUUAGAUACAAAAUUUUGUAGAAGCAGAAUCAUAAUUGGGGAUUUCCCUUCAUAAAACAGAAUCGACGCCUGCCACAAACACCUCUGUACUUCUUCAUUCAGCCUCUAAUAUCUUUCCAGAAGCCAAUUUCUCCUCUUAUCUGUCUCCAUCUUCCCCUGCAUC